CUCGAGGCUGAUGAGCAUGCGCGCUGGUGCUAGCCUGGCGCGGCGACGGUUGCUAGGCAACGACGAGCCGCGUCGGUGGAGGGCUCCGGCCGCGGUUGGCGUGAGGCGGGCGGGGUCGAUUGCGCGGCAGUAGAAGAAUUAAAGGACUGGGAUAUGAAAUGAUGAUAUAAUUUGAUAUAGCCAAGCAACAGCUUCUCCCGAAUCAGCAUGUUAAGAAAUAAGGGUCAUUCCUCCAAACAGGAUAACUUAGCAGUCACUGCAGUGGCUUUACAAGAUCACAUUGUACAUGAUCUUCAACUUCAAAAUCUUUCAAUAGCAGACUCUUCUAAGACAAAGGUACAAAAGACAGAGAACAGAUCCAAAUCUCUAAAAAGAAAUACAAAGGCCCUAAUAGAUACUGGACUUAAGAAAACCACACAAGGAGGCCCUAAAGUGGAAGAUUCAGAAAAAGAAUAUGUUCUUGAUCCAAAACCACCACCAUUAACUUUAGCACAGAAGUUGGGCCUCUUUGACCCUCCCCCGUUGCCACUGUCGGCGGAUGAAUGGGACAGAGUGAAGCAGAGGUCCGUGGAGCAGGGGGACUCCAUGCAGCCGUGCCCGAUAUGCAAAGAGGAGUUUGGACUUCACCCGCAGGUGCUGCUCUCCUGCUCCCACGUGUUCCACAGGGCUUGCCUUCAGGCUUUUGAAAAGUUCACAAAUAAAAAAACGUGUCCUCUCUGUAGAAAGAACCAGUACCAAACCCGGGUGAUCCGCGAUGGGGCCCGACUCUUCAAAAUCAAGUGUGCGACCAGGAUCCAGGCGUCCUGGCGCGGACACGUGGUCAGGAGGUGGUACCAGGACCUGAGGAGGACGGUGCCGCCCACAGAUGCCAAGCUGAGGAGGAAGUUCUUUGAAGCCAAGUUCACAGAGAUCAGCCGGCGCCUGCUCUGCUCCUACCACACCGACAUCGACGCGCUCUUCUGCGAGGUGGACCGCUGCCUGGCCGUCAACCGCAGCGUCCUGCAGCAGCUGGAGGAGCGGUGUGGCCGCGAGCUCUCCGAAGAGGAGUGGGGCGAGAUCCAGACCCAGGCCCUGCACCGGGAGGCCCCCGACUGCCCCAUCUGCCUCACCGCGCUGGCCGCCGGCGGCCCCGCGCCCGCGCCGCGGGAGACGGUCCUGCUGUCCUGCUCACACGUGUUCCACCACGCGUGUCUGCGCGCCCUGGAGGAGUUCUCCCUGGGGGAGAGCACGCCUUUCCACGCGUGUCCUCUCUGCCGCUCCUGCUAUCAGAAGAGAGUUCUUGAAUGUUGAGUUCAUAGGAAAAAAAUUAUAUAAUUCAGGGGGGGAAGUGUUAACCUUAUUGUUGGUAGCUCUACGUUAGGGAAGCUGACAAUAUUUUGAAAGCUGACAAACUUAUCCAAUUCUAGUCUUUAUAAAGAGAAAACUUCAAAUUCAUGAGUUGAGUCAGCUGAAGUGAGGAACGGAUUAAAAACUUCUAUCUCAGAGGCUCUACAAGUUCGCUGAUUAGCUCCGCUUCCGGUUGGUUGGCUGGGCUGCUCCUGAGAGUAGAGUGACCCCUCCCUACCACUCCCCAGCAGUGCUGACGGCACCGGCGGGCCUGCCGGGGACUCACCAGCACACCGUCUCCCCAGGCCCACCCUAUAGCUGCAGUUCGUGGCCGACCGCAGACGGAACCCAAACCUCUUAGAGCGUCCAAAGGGCCUCUGCCACUCUAAUGCUUGCUUUGUAGUCGUUGCUAUAUCUCUAUGCGAUAAGUUACUGUUGACUCCAGCACUUUGAAUACAUAAGCCCAAGAUAUAAAAAUAAGAUAUUCAGCGGUUUCAACAUCAGUUCAAUCAUUCAGUGGUGUCUGACUCUGCGACCCCCUGGACUGCACCACACCAGGCU